AACAGUUAGGUAAUAUUCUUGUGACGUUCGUGUUAUCAGUCACAUUACCUAAAAACUAACUGACUGCACAGUGAAAUGUUUACUUUAAAACAUGUAUUCGUAUUUUGUAUACUCUGCAUUAUCGUGAAAAUAUGCCGUUCGGCAAUGCAAACAUUUCAGGUAGAACAGAUCUUUUACAAUAAAGUCGUGUUGGAUAAUCUUCUAACAGAAUACGGCCAUUCAUCGUCUGCUCUAUGUUCUGUUAUUUGUCAGCAAGAAAGUUGCAAGUGUUUCGGUUUCAACUCAAUAACUCAAAUGUGUCGAGACCAUGCAUUUUGUAGACCAGAUAAUACAUUGGUUGAAGAAUCAGGAUGGAAAUAUUACAGAUCUCGAGCAGAAUGGAAUUCUUUCAUGAAUUCUGAGUACUUGCUGGGGUUAGAAGCAGCAACGUGGAAUAAUGCUCAAUUGGAUCGCUCUGUAAGGGGAGCUAAACUAGUUGAAAUAGAAUCGCCUGAAGAAGACGUCUACAUUCGUACCCUUGCAAAUAAUUUGACAGAAACCGUUUGGUUGGGAGGCACCGAUGUUGCUGAAGAGGGAAAAUGGGUGUGGCAGUCUACUGGCACCAUCUUCUCCUACAGCGCCUGGAAUGGAGGACAACCAAAUAACUACCAGAACCAGGAUUGCCUCUGCCUUUAUCGACCAUACGGCCUAACUUGGUGUGACGAGAGUUGUGCAGCAAGUUAUCAAUACAUCUGCGAAAGAGAGUUAUUUACAAACUGAUAGAAUUGACAAUAUUUACCAGUUGGUCAUGUUGUAAUUUUAAGGAAUUUGUUCCUAAAAAAAAAUAAUUAUGAGGUACGUCUUAAACAGUUUAGUCAGAAAUCGGUUUCAGGUUCCCAAAACUGUAUAUAUUUGAAUUUCUUAGUAACUAUUUAUAACUAAUACACAUUUUUAACGC